AUGAGGCUUAGUGACGCCAUGUGCGCGUCGAAUUCGCCAUUGCGCUCGACCGAGUCGACAUGUAGCUCUCUCGAUGAGGCUUUGAGGCAGUCAAUCUUCCCUGCCGACCCGUUCGGACUUCCGACAACUAGAAGCCGCGAAACCCGAACGCCGGCAGCUUCUGGAAAGGGUGGCAGAUUCCCGCGACUGCUUUGGCAUUGCAGCAUGUCGGCUCGCAACUUGCUGUCCCGCGAUCGAAGCGGUGACACUCCAAACGAAGACAGGAACAGUUUGAGACGACACACGCACGGUUCUCUCGUUUCAAGGUCUUCAAACACAAGACCCACAACAUCCAGAGAACCGAGUGUGACGCCACGGUCAAGCACAGUUGUGCGAGAGAGUAGCGAGGAUCUACUAUUGUUUCGUGAAGAAGCAGAGUACUCGGAGUAUUUAUUGGCUCACGUGACUGGGCGACAUAUUGAACGACCUGGAGACGCCGUAGUCUUUUAUGAGGUUGAAGUGCAUUUGAGCAAGCAACAGUGGCGCGUGGUGCGUCGCUUCUCGGAGUUUCGUGCCCUACGUCAACAGCUCAUCAAGCACUUCAGUCGAAACAAACGCCGUCGUCAACCACACUGUCCCAUUUGCGAGAAUGUACUAGCUUCAAUCCUAGAUAUCGCCUUCCCGUCACGUCAUGUGUGGCGUUCACAUGUCUUCUCCAGCUCGUCAGCAGAUGCACUAGAAGACGAGAUGAUCCGCGAGCGUAAAGCUCGCUUCCAACAGUUUGUGCUCAUGUGUCUGAUCACAUUAAGAAGUCUUCGUCAACACGUCCGCGUAAAACCAGACAGCGCUGCCUGUGAAAUCAGUGUGGUGUUAAGAAUGAUAGAGGAGUUUUUCGGUUUGAGCUUCACGAGAUACCUAGCUUUCCUCGGAGAGCGAGGAAUCGUCGACCAAGCAUCCGAGACUUCCAGACAUAGUCUCCCACUGCGCAAAGAGGAUAGAGCGAUAUUCGAUGUCAAGUUUAAAGAGGUGAUGUAG